UUUGUAUAAAUGCGAAAUAUAGUUUGUGACUGGUUCCCUUGUCUUUUGCUCUUCUCCCCGUUUUUCGUUCAUCACUAUGGUUUUUCAAUACCUUAAUUGGAUGUAAGCGCAGAUGAACAACAUCGUCAAAGUCCCAAACACCAGGCGGCAGAGAGAAAAUUACAAAACACCAAACAAUUCCCUACAGUGGAGGUGGGAAGUGAAGAGAUUGCCCGUUUGUUAUUCCCGCCCCGACAACCUGAAUGCGUGGACUCGGCUGUGGAUUCCCAGCAGCACCCCAACUCCGAGGCACAGAAGUACGAGAUGGACACUCAAGUGGAAAAUAAAGAAGGCAUUGAUAGCGAUGGAGCUGAUGCUGCAGCCAAAGAAUAUGAUGAAACAUAUUGCUAUGUUUGCCAAAUUGCCUUUACUUCACUGCAACAUGCCAAGCAGCACCUUAGUGGACAGAAACAUACGAAGAAAAUGCGUCAGUAUGGCAGUCAGGCACGCAUGACCACACCACUUGAUAAUACCUCAUGGUAUCACUGUAAUGUAUGCAAUGUAGAUUGUAAUUCCCAAUACCAUCUUGAACAACAUCAAGUAGGCAGUGCACACAAAAAGAAAGUCCGGAGUAUGGGUAUGAUGUCUGUCAGGAAUAUUGCUGCAGUCCCUGCUACACCAGACUUUAUGGUACAAGAAACAACCCUGGAGACACCAGAGAAACUCUUGAGGCCAGAUGUGGAAAAUGUUCAAGAAUCUGUUUGUGCUGAUGGAGUCAGCAUCUUAACAGCUGAGACACGGGUUGAGGUGCCUGGUCAGGAAACACCAGUCACUACUGAUAUACUGGAUGAAAAGUUGCAUUUCAAUCAAUGUUCAACUCCGGUAAAUAUUUGUAGAGAAGAAACUUCAUGUGCACUUGAGCGGGAUGAUGAAACCAAGUUAAAGCAACAGGACCAAAAUGAUGUGACUGCUACCAUUAUAAAAGAAGUUGACAGUAUGUCAGAAAGGGAUAAUGCGUGCACCAAGGUCACUCAGUUGGUCCAGAAUAUUUUGCCUGCUACUGGUAGAAAUGGAAAUGAAAAUGAAAAUAUCACUUGUAAGAAGGAGGAGGAUGAAACAAAAGAAAAACAACUGUUCCAGAAUGAUGAAAAACCUACUGUUGGCUCUGAAAACACUACCCCAACUGUACAGCUGCCUCCAAGUGUGGAUGAUGAUCUAUGUGCGAAGUUUCUUCAGUUGACAUUGAAAAGUCAAGAUGCUGAAGAUGGCUGUGAUGAUUCCUAUGUUGAUGCUGAUGGUAACAGACAAGCUGUGUACAGUAUAGAUAGUGAAGGAAGGGGACAGUGCUUCAUAUGCAAUGUUGGUCUGGAUUCCAGAAUUAAAUCCUCACAGCAUUUCAGAGGAAAAAAUCAUGCAAAGCAACUUUCCAGAGCAAAAAACGGAUAUUUACAAUUGACUUUUGUGCCUGGUCUUUACAGCUGCUCUGAGUGUCAGGUGAAUUUCUCUGGACCAGAGAGCCAUGCUCAACACCUUCAGAGUGAAAAGCACAAGGCAAAACUGGCCCAGUCACAGUGUGUUCCAGAGAGAUCCUUGCCACUUCAUGUGAAAGAAGUGGUUGAUUGUGACAUGGAUCCCUAUUCCUUGAUGACAACAACACUACCCAGAAGUUAUCAAAUUGACCUGUAUGAAGCAGCGAUGAAAGGAGAUGUGGUGGUCUUUCUACCAACAGGCACUGGAAAGACUGUGAUAUCAGCCAUGGUUGUGAGUCACAUGUUGCAGCUGAACCCUGCCAGACCUGUGGUGUUUCUGGUGGACAGGGUGCUACUGGUCAUGCAGCAGAGUAAAGUACUGAAGACAGAGCUGGGGGACAAAAUGUAUACCAGGAUAGAUGAUGGGGUGCAACAUGACCGUCAGUUAAAAAUUGGAACUCUGUGUGGGGAAAAGCAAGAUACAGGAGGAGAGUUGAUAUGGAAACAAGACAUAGUAGUGACCACCGCAGCUUAUUAUUUAAAUCUGCUGGAGAAACAAGUUGUCUGCUGGCAAGACCUCUGCCUGGCUGUGUUUGAUGAAGCCCACCACUGUGUAAAAAGUCACCCCUUCAACAGGCUUCUGGAACAGUUCCACCGCAAAUUACAACUUAAACACAGACCUAAAAUUUUAGGAUUGACUGCAUCUCCAGCAGGGAGAGAAACAGUGGAAGACACAGAAAAAAUGCUCAAGAGACUUCUUGAAAAUAUUGGUGAUGGAAAACUGGCAGCCAUCAUGGAAAAUGAUAGAAGUUUCAAAGAAUUGUCAAAAUACAAGACCCAAACCAAACUAAUAGCUAAAGAGCUGGGCUUGACUGUAAAUGAGAAAGAACUGCAGGACGAACUUCAGAAAUAUUUGUUCCUUUGUUACAACCGCCUCUCAGUCGAGACUGAUUUUGGGAAUUUUGACAGUAGAGAGGAAGUGAAAACUUGCCAGGAUCUGAAAGGGGAUGUUUUGGAAGCAUUCCAAAUAUUUUUGCAAGACGCAAAGCCAAUCGAGCCUGAUAGAAAUAUCUACAUAGAAGCGCUGAAGCUUCACUGCAGUGUUCUCUGUGAGGCGCUGAGUGCUGUGGGAGAUGGUUCCGUGGAAUUUGCUUUCAGAGUUCUCCAAGAUCUUUUGAACAGAUCGCAUCCAGGGAGUUUUGAAAAAGCAGCAGAGUUAAAUUUGGCACACCAGAAAGUGAAAAGUCUGACAGAACAUUUUGCCCUGAGGACAGAAGAGGAGAAGGAAGAUGACAAGAUGGCCGUCAAGACAGUAGCCAGAGAAAUACUACAGGGGAUUGAUUGGGACUCCAGGGAGCAAGGAAAGCAGCCAUUUGUCUUAGUGUUAGUGAAAACAAGGGUAGUUGCACAGCAAAUGACAGAGGCUCUUAAAGAAAUGGAGGAAUUGAAAGAAUGCGGUAUUUGUCCAGUUUGCAUAGUGGGCCAUGGUGGUGGUUCCUCUGACGGUGGUGGAAUGACCAUCAAAAAGCAGAGUAGGGCCCUGGAAGGCAUUAGGAACUACGAGUACCAGGUGGUAGUUGCCACCUCUGUUGCUGAAGAAGGGGUAGAUUUUCCUGAAUGUGAACUCGUGAUUCAUAUGAAUCCUCCUAGUUCAGUGACGGCGCUCGUACAGACACGUGGGCGCGCUCGCAAGCAAGGUGUUAGUCGGUUCAUCGCUUUGUGCAGGGAACCAGGUCAGAAAGACAAGAUCGAGCUGCUUCAGAAGAAAGAGGAAAACAUGUACAAGGCUGCGAAGAAGAUAAUUGACACAUAUUAGCAGACACAAAGACUAAAAGCUUUUCAUAUUUUUUUUAGUUGCUUGACUAUCAACUCUGAAAAAAAAGACAAAGUGUUUUUACACCUACUAGGGGGAAGGGGGUAUAUGCAUGUCUGCUCAUUAGACGGUGACCAGUCUCCAUGUAUACUACAUGUACAGUGCUCAAGAUCAUAAAAUGCACCAAUACAGAAAUUUACUGAAUUGUGAAAUUUAAUUCAGAUCACCAUACACAGACCCGACAGAAAUGGCAAAUAUGGUUGACUAUUUACAAAAAAAUUUUUUAAAUGAAAAUAAGAAUACAUAAUUAUUUAAUCGCUUAUAUUUUGCGUAUUUGUAGCUUCUCUUUUGAUGUGAAACAAGAUAAUUUGUUAAAUAUGAUGAUCAGGUAGCAUAAGGUUUUUGAUUCCUUAUGAGCAAGUAUAUAUCAGUUACCUGUACAGUAGUUUAUUUAGUUAUUUUCUGGUCAAACGAUUGCAAGUGCUUGUACUAACAUGAAAGGUCACAAAAAUCCCAGAAGAAAACCAUUUUUCCAAUUAUGAUUAUUCAAGAGAAUUUUUUUAAUGAAAAAUGGUAUUCUGGUGUAAUGCACAGAGACUGUAAAUUACAGUGGUAUAAGAUUGAGCCAAUUCACAACCUAUUAAGACAGUGUUGGUCUUCAAGGACAAUAAUAUUUCUCAAUUUCACAGAUUAAGGAGUGCUCUGUGAAUACAUGCCCUUUAUAUUGUGGGUUCAUUACUUCUGUUUGAUAAACAAUGUAUUUAAAAAUUGAAUGAAUUCAAUACCAAUUAAUGGAUUUAAUUCUUCCUUCUGUGAUUUUUAGAGUAAGCAUGAUGGUCAUUAUUGCAAAGUUGUUAUUGUAUAUUUGAAUGUACUUUGCUGAAGUGUCUUUGUUUUGCUUUACAAAUUGUAUGCAGUAAAUUUGUGCAUAUUAAAUAUAU